CCUGAAUUCUCUUUUAACCUAUAUCUGAAAGUACUAAUAACGACUUUAAGCCAAAGGUAAAACCGUAUAAAUCCAUCCUUUCCUUCUCAAUAGUGAAAUAUCUUGGAAAGCAGUGUCCGUGACUUGUUCUUUAGUGUCUAAGUCUUUUACAUUCAUUUUCUAGUAUUGUCGUUUGUCUUAGCCGUGUGUGUGCGUAAAGUUGGAAGAAAUUCCAUUGUUCUACUUUGGUAAAUCCACCUUUCCAACUUAAUGAUCGAAAUUAUUCUAUCAUGACUUCUGUAAAUAACACUUCUUUACCAUCACCUGACGGUGCUGAAUUGACUGGUCUCCAUUCAGACAGUCAACAGACCGCAACCACUAUUAGUAAUAAAUCGCUCAAAGGUCAUUACGGCUCCCAUCCUCAUCAGGAUCAUCCUUCUGCCUAUGUGGCAGCCAAGACAGGAUUUACUUCUCGAACUGUACCAGCUGAUUUACGUUAUGAUCAAUCUAAUCAAGUUUCUCAGAAUGGAAAUGAUCUUUCUACAGUCUCUAACAGACCCAAUCAGUCAAGAUUUCAAUAUGUUGCAGCCGGUGCAAACCGGGCUGCUGGACAUCGCUCCGGUGGGUUUGAAAAUCCUUCCGCUGAUUCAAAUUCAAUACACACUUCGGGUUCUUACGGCUAUCACCCUCAUCCUCAUGCUGGUAAGGCCGCGCAAUCUGCGCAUGUCAUUAAACACACUGAUAUGUCCGAAGGAAGACCCAAUGAAAAUGGUUAUGGUCAUGACGAACAACGCAAGCCAUUGCAAUUUCCCACUAACCCUGUGUUUGCGGGUUCUGCUCAACAGCCUAUCGGUACUGACCCACACUCUUCCAAUGAAUUUGAUGAAGACUCUUCUCGCAAAGUUCGUCUUGCCUCUCAGCUAGCUAAACAUUCUGCCACCUACGCCCAUCAAGCCCCUGAGCCCGAGUCAGCAUCUGAUCCUGCUCUUCCUCAUCGAAUGGCUGCCUCCCAAUUAGUCCAUAAUCUUUCAGUGCAAGGUUCCUCUUCUUUAGAACCACAAGAGUCUUCUCGAGAAGCUCCUUCAUCUGCAAAUGCGAAUUCUCUCGCUGCCGCCUCUUAUGCUGCCUCCCAUGCGAAAUACGAUAAAUCGCAACCUAACGUGGAACAGAGCACAUCGCCCAAAGGCGAUGAUGAAUAUCAGAGAGUUCGCAAUAUGAACUUGAUUUCUCCUUCCGGUGACAACUUUUUACGUGAUCAUACUGGACAAGAGGACAAUGGUGAUGCCUUUGCUGGCUUUUCAAGAAGCGAUCUUUUGAAUAAUGCACCUGGUUACCAAGGUUCACGAGCUUCAACCUAUGGAAACACUAAAAAUGCAGGCAGUGAACGUCCAGUGAAACCGAUUUACUAUGCUCCUGGCUCUACUACAAUCAGUAACCAACAUCAGCAGAAGCCAAAAGAAGGACCAACAUAUGAUUUUAGUGCUGCAUCUGCAGCUCUUCGUCGUCAUCGUAGUAUGAAUGCAAAUACAUCUCGUAAUGAUAAUUUCGAAAGUCAAGAGGAUGCGAGGACUCGUGAUUGGAUUCGACAAAUGCGGCUUCCAACCAGAAGCACAAUUGCAACAAAUGAUUAUAGACAGGAGCCGAGUUAUUCAAACAACGUUGAUCGCGAUCAAAUACAAGAUGAAGCAAUUAAACGUGUUCGUGAUAUGAACUUGGAUCUUUCGAAAAUUCAGAACAGGACAGACUCUCAAAUUCGAGCUUAUCGUCCUAGGUCUUCUCAUCAUCCUGCCUAUUCCUAUGCUGGAACCGACCAAUACUCUAGAGAUGCAGAUAAUGCAUACGUUCCUCAAAACCAGGGAAGAUACUCCCAAGCCAAUCCAGUGUCUUAUAUUGAUGGAAGAUCCUCUUGGAACGAUGAAGACUCAUAUGGUGCUAGUCCUGUAGAAGUGAGGGGAGCUGCUCACCAAGGCUUCAGCAGGCCUUCAACUGUUGUUGGUUCCGUCCCUGGACGAGGAGGUGUUUCUUCGAAUGAUGCAGAUGUCGAGGCUUUACAGAAGAGACUUUCCAGAGCUUAUAUUGAUCAUGAACGUGAAGAAACAUAUGCUAUAGAUCUUGGUGCUGGUCGUCUCAUAUCUCCAGAAGAAUUGGAGGCCAUUGCGAGACGUAAUGUGGAUCCAAUGGUUUCUGAGCUAGCCGAACGUGCUGCAGCCGAGAACCAGAGAAAGCAACAAGCAUCGGAUUCAAAGGCUGCUAAAAAGCAAGCUAAAGAAGAAAAGAAACAAAGAAAGAGGGAUGAAAAGGCACGAAAGGCGGAAGAAAAACGACUUGCUAAAGAAAGAGCCAAAUUUGCUAAGCAAAUGUCUAAGGAUGCUGGAAGAACUGACGAAGUAGCCGCUGCCCCUAUUACCGAUCAUGAGCAAGAAACCAGUACUUCUUCAGCAGAAUCGUAUGACGGUCAAGAACAAGGAGAUCAGUCUUUUGACCCUGCUGCCCAAGAGUACCUGAUUCAACAAACUGACAUACAGAAUGCUGCAAAGCAGCAGGAAUUAUCCGGAAGUGGUAGAGAAGCAGAGGAAGAUGUAUAUCAACCUAGAGAUACUGGGUAUUCUGGUGUAGUCGACCACAAUUUAGGUGUUCCUAGCCACUAUCUUCAUGAUGAAGAAUACGGCGGAGCAUUAAACGAAGGUGGAGGAAAUCAAGUAGAUUAUGCUGAGAGAUCCCACUUUCCUACUCCUACUGACCAUGCCGACCAAGGAAAUGGCUUACAAGAGACCACUGAUACUGUUCCGAGGGCAUCUGCUCCUGAACAAUACGCUGACCUAAAUCAUUACCCUGUCGUCCAAGAGACGACGAUUUUGCCAGAUGGUCAAGGGGGAUUUGUAUUUCCGAAUGAUGAUGAAUCAGCUGCAGUGAAUGGAUACAAUGAUUCAGAAUAUAAGAGUGACAGUUUGCAAAAAAAUGAAGAUGAUUUGGACGAAAAUGAUAAAGUAUUCAACAAAGCUUCACCGAAGUCUCCAGUUGCUUGGUUAAGAAAGAAAUUUAAGAACCAAAAAGACAAAGCCGCUGUGAAGCGUAUGUUGGAGGAAGACUCUUAUAAGAAACAAGCUAGUGAUGGAAAGGUUCAUGGGGAUGGUCUGCAAGACAAUAAGCCCCUUGCCACUAAUGGAUUCACCAAACAUGAACAACGUCCACAAGCAGUUGAAACUCACUAUGAGCCAGGUUUGGUUACAGAAAAGACUGGAGAUGAAGUGCCGGAUCUUGUGGCUGCACAGCCUCAUGCUAAGAUCUCCUCGAUUCCACGAACAAACAGUAAUCUUGGAGAAUUAUUGGAUGGAAGCUAUGUUUCGAAAACUGAUGCAGUUCCAGGUGGACUCGGCGAUUUCGAAUCGAAGAAUGAAAAGGCAGUGAAUGGAAGUGGACAAGUUAUAAAUCAUUUUCCUGAGCCAAGCAAAGACCCUAUUGGAGCCGCAUUUCAUGAAGAUUUGUAAGAAGAGCGAAUUACGAAGGUGGAAUUGUUAGCUUGGAAUGGGAUUGAUUGGAUUUUUUUGAAAAUUGCCCAUGCUAUGGAGAAUCGAUUCUAUUGAUUUUGAUGAACAAAAAGAACGUAUUACUUAUUCUGAAAUUUUGACUUAAUGUUCUGGUUUAUUAUUGAAAGAUGAAUCUUCAGCAAAAGCUCUCGCCUAGGAUUCUUUAUAUUUUGGUGGAAGAAUGAAUUAUAAUCCGGUAUAAUACGACUGCAGUGUAAUUUGAUACUGUACGAAAUUUUGAGAAAAGGAGACGGCACCUGUAUUUUGAAGAGAAAAGCUGUCAAUGAACCGAACUUUUCCUGUGUUAUUUAUUGUUCGAGAGUAAUUAGUUAUAUUAAUAGGAAAAGCAUGUGUGUCGUAACACAUGUAUAUCGGUGCUAGUAUUUAUAUUCUGCUUAUUAUUAAUGUUAAAAUAUGGAUUUGUAUUAGAUAUUGCUGUGUUAUGUAUGCUAUGA